GAGGGUAAGGCAGCCAAAUGGCUAGAUGGUUUAGUUGCAAAGGCCGGGUACGGACGACGCAUGGCGGACUGGGCUAAGACAAUCACGUUAGACCAGUUCAUGGAGAUGGUAGAAGCUCGAUGGCACAAUCCACAGCAGGCGCAAAUGGCCACUGAUGCGAUGCACAUACUAGACCAACGAAAGUUCAAGUCGGUCAGAGAGCUUACGACUACCGUUGAGAGCCUUAUCGUCGUCCUUGGCAUCAACUAUGAUAACCAAUUCCUGUUGACCACAUUUGUAAGAAGUCUUCCAGAGAACCUCAGGAACUUGGUGGCCAGGGAGGCUCGCCUCGAGUAUCACUCUUUUGAGACAUUGCCUAGAAAAGCCUUAGACUUAGAGGUCACUCUAGGGAAUGCUCAACCUACUCAGAAUGACUCACAGAAGAAGAAGAGUCCGCAGGAAUGGAAGAAGAAAGGGGCUAAAUUGAUGAUGGUUGAGUCCGAUGGGACUCAAACAGAGAUCGAUGAGCUCACAGACCUGCUGGACGCUUCAGAGUACGACGGCGAGGAGAUCGCUGAGGGUAGCACCCUCGCCGCAGUAGUCAAGGCUAAGGCUGGUGGCCGAGUGAAGGGCCAUCCAAAGAGUCAAGGGAAGGCCGCCUCCAAUCAGACCAAAGUGGAUGAUUGGGUCAAGGCAGGUCUUGAUCAGGAAGUGUGGCGGGACCGCCGAGUGCGUUGUGCUUGUAUUAACUGUGACCAAACUAUGCUAUGUACGUUGGAUGUGUCUGAAACCUUAGAAGAUCUGGAAAGCGAGUGGUCAAACAAGGACCCUCGUGAAUCUUGGGUGGCACUAAGGAAAGGUCCUAGAGGGGAACAUUUUGUCGUGGAAGUUGAUGUAGGAGGCCGCAAAUGUGGAGCCUUCAUAGACAUUGGCUCCACGCGGAAUUACAUAAGUCGCGACUGUUUGGAAAGGCUGCGCCUACAGGACCGGGUACAACACCUUAGUAAACCUGUAGCAUCUACUUUGGCCAAUAAGGAGCGCAUGAUUGUCACAGACUAUAUCAAGGAUGUAGUCUGUACCUUCUUCUAUGGAGGAGGGGAACUGAAUCAUAAGAUUUCGUUCCUGAUUAGUGAUGACUUGCCGUUUGACAUGUUGUUAGGCAUGUACUACCUUGAGGUUGCUAAGCCCCAGUUCGACUGGGACAAGAAGGUGCUUAAACAUAAGUUGCCCGAUGGCAGAACAGUCAGAUUGACUAAGUUCAAAGCCAGUAGCAUUAUAGAUACCUAUGGCUGCUUGUGUGCAUCAACGUUCUACAACUAUUACAAACAGAACCAAGAGGAGGGUAUGUUCCUAGUGUAUGUCUCUGAAAAAGGGGAGGCCGUUAAAACACCCCCAGAGAUAGAACACGUCGUUGCUAAGUCCCCUGAUCUGUUCGAAGAGCCUACAGGAGUUGUAGAAAGGGAAGUUGUCCACGCUAUAGGAAUCAUUUCAGGGAGUAAAACCCCAAAGGGAAGGAUCUAUAGGAUGGCUCCCGCCGAGUUAGAUGAACUUCGGCGACAACUGAAAGAGCUGACAGAGAAGGGAUGGAUCCGGCCUAGUACUUCCCCUUACGGAUCUCCAGUACUAUUUGUACCAAAGAAGGGGGGUACAUUGAGGAUGUGCAUUGACUAUAGAGGCCUCAAUGCCAUCACAGUGAAGAACGCAGAGCCUCUACCUCGCAUAGACGACCUACUGGAUAGGGUGCAGGGAUGCAAGUACUAUAGUAAGAUAGACUUGAAAUCCGGCUAUCAUCAGAUCACUAUAAGACCUGAGGACCAACACAAGACAACUUUUCAGACUCGAUAUAGUCUGUAUGAGUUUGUAGUGAUGCCCUUUGGUCUUUGCAAUGCGCCGGGAACAUUCCAGCACGCCAUGAAUCGGAUCUUCCAUGACCACUUAGAUAAGUUUAUCGUGGUUUACCUUGACGACAUUCUGAUCUUUAGUAAGUCUGACGAGGAGCAUGCACAACACGUUGAGACUGUACUUUCACUCCUGCGACAGCACAAGUAUGAGGUCAACCUAGAGAAGUGUGAGUUUGGUCGCACUAAGAUAUUAUACUUGGGUCAUGAAGUAUCCGCGGAAGGUAUUAGGUCGGAAGAUGCGAAGGUGGCUAGUAUUCGAGACUGGCCACGACCUCAGACUGUCACUGAGGUCAGAUCUUUCUUAGGAAUGUGCGGCUACUAUAGGAACUUCGUAAAGAACUAUUCUACAGUCGCCUCUCCUUUGACAGAUCUAACUCGACUUGACACGCCGUGGGACUUGGGUGAUGAGUGUGAGGGUGCUUUCAAGCGAUUGAAGCAUGCACUCAUGAAUCAUGAAGUUCUCAUGGUUCCCGAUCCUCAAAAGCCAUUCAUAGUAACCACUGACGCAAGCCAAUACGGCAUUGGCGCAGUGCUGGCUCAGCAGGAUGGGAAGAAGUUGAGACCGAUUUAAACUGACCAUCAGACGCUCAAAUGGAUCAAGACUCAACCGUUUCUUUCUGAUGCACUUAAGCGCUGGAUUGAGGUCAUAGAUCAGUAUGACUUCAAGCUUGAGUAUCUGAAGGGAGAGUACAACAAUGUUGCGGAUGCGCUAUCUCGUAGAGCAGACUACCUAGGGGCGCUAGUUUUUGAGUUUGGUGUAUCUCAGGAAGUAACUCAAUCGUUGGUGGGAGCCUAUCAGGAAGACCCUGUCAUGAUGGACAUCAUGCGCAAACUUCAGGCAAAAGACAAGGCCACAAAAAGUGAGUUUGUGAUGGUGGAUGGGUUACUCUUUCUUGAUAAGGACAGUGUAAAAGGACAAAGUGUUUCCAUGGAUUUCAUGGACACCCUGGUGACCAGUAAGAGUGGCAAGAGGCACAUCUUCGUCAUCAUCAAUCGAUUCACCAAGUACGCUAGACUAGUUGCCAUGCCAGAGACCGCAAGGACUGACCACGUCAUCAAGUUGUUUAUGGACAACUGGCUUGUGGGGGAGGAAGAGGGGGAAGGGGAGGGAGAGGGGGAGGGGGAGGGGGAGGGGGAGGAGCAGGAGGAGCUUGUGCAAGGGGAGGAGCUGACAGGGCAUAGACUGCCUGCGCAUACGUCUGAGGCGGAGGGUACGAGGAAGGGCUAACACCAAAACGACCCACCGGUACCCCGGAGAUUAAUCCAUCCUGACGGGGGUAUGGACAGUUCCUUGCGAAACGGCCAGGUUGUCUGCAGUUAUAGCAGACACGAUCGUAAUUCGGAUAAUGCAUUCCAUCUGCCAUCUCAAGGUUAGAUAGAUACAACUGUAACGACUAUGCUAAUAACAUCUGUUUCGUAGAGGAUAUUUAUUCUAUGUAUCAAUUCUUUAAUAAAGCAACUAGCGCAUCCAACAAAACGCGAUUGGCUGA